AACCCAAUGCAAAGGGUUGCGUGCUCAUCUUAUGCUCUUCUUUCUAAUAAUUCCCAUUCUUUCUUUUUCACUACCCUCCCUGUUUUAGCUUUUAAUACUCAUUGCAGCAUCUCUCUCUAACCCUAUUGCUUUCCCCUCCUCCCCCUACCCCUAAGUCCCUAACAACCUAGCUCACAUUCUAUAUAUAAACAUCAUAGUUUUCCUCUUGUUUGUGCUUUGAUCAGUUUAAAAUCUUGAGGUUUAGGCCUAGAGUUUCUGAUUCUCUUCACACCUCUGGGCUGGCUGUGUAGUGUGUGGUCCUUGUGUACUAGAGCCUUGGUGAAGCAUUCACUUUUUCAUGUAUAAAUGCAUUCAAGAAUCAUGUUUGGUGAAGUGCCCAGUUGAGGAUUCUUGUGUUUCUGCUAGUUUUUCUUGGUUAUUUCACUUGGGUAUCAGUUCAUUUUUGCCAUUCUUGAUUUUUGAGUCUUGUGAGGCCUUAUGAAAAAGGGUUUGAGUUCCAGGGGCUGGGAUUGUGAGGACAGCAAGCUGGAGCUGAGGCUUGCUCCACCAGGUGAUGAAGAUUGGGAGAUCAAGAAAGAAUGCAUUACUGAAACUUGUGAAAACACCUCUUCUGCAUUUCUGUCUCUUGGUUGCUUCAAUGGUUCAUUUCAAGAAAACAGUUCAAAGGUUCUUGAUGAUGCAACAGUGAGUCCAUGGUCAAGAUCUUGCUCUCAAUACAAACAAAGCUUGGCUCCUGCUGUGGGAAAGGAAUCAAUACAGAAUGCAGAAAAGAGAGGAUUUUCACCAGCUCCUGCAAAUAAUACAGCUGUUCACAAGAGCUCUCAGAAAAGAAUUACUUCAGCUCCUGGUCCGGUUGUUGGAUGGCCGCCAAUCCGAUCAUUCAGGAAGAAUAUUGCAAGUGGCUGUGCUUCGAAGCUGCCAACUGAAACCAAGGCAACUAAUGAGGUUUCGACAAAGAUUGCUGGCAAGAGGCCAACUGAAAGAUUUCAGAAAGGUCUCUUUGUGAAGAUCAAUAUGGAUGGAGUCCCUAUUGGAAGAAAAGUCGAUCUUAAAGCCUAUGAUAGCUAUGAAAAGUUAUCUUCUGCUGUUGAUGAACUCUUCAGAGGCCUCUUGGCAGCUCAAACUGAUCCGUCAGUUAACAACAUUCAGAAUAGCCAAGGAGAGAAAGCCAUCACAGGAUUGUUGGAUGGGACUGGGGAAUAUACGCUUGUCUACGAGGAUAAUGAAGGCGACAGAAUGCUUGUGGGGGAUGUACCAUGGCACAUGUUCGUGUCCACAGUCAAGAGAUUGCGUGUGUUGAAGAGCUCUGAACUUUCUUCACUACUUUUCGGUAGCAAGCAAGAAAGGGAACCAGCUUGAUGCUUCUGCGCGGAACUGAUAUAACGACACUACUCCAUUAGGAUGAAUUGGCUGGUGUUUAUCACUUGGAAUAUAUUGGAUUUUGAUGUGUAAUGAAAUUGAAAGGCAUUAGUUGACUGUCGCAACUUAGAAAGAUGCAUGUACUUGCUUUUUUAGUUGCUCUUUUUGCAUAGUCAAGACUCAGGUGCCUUGUAGUUCUUCCUAACUAAUUGUCAAUGCCAUAUCUAUUUAGGCA